CAUUGGACCUCGUGUUGCGCUCUUUCCACAGGAGAACCUUUUGCAGGAGGUCUUUCCACAGAGGUCCUCUUCUCAGCUCCACCACGGAGCUCAACAUGCAUCCCGUAGCCCGGUUUCUUGGUCUCUUGGCCCUCCCGAGUCUCCUGUGUCUCCUGUCCCGCGUCCCCGUCCAGCUGGCCAUGAACCUGGGAACCCCUGAGCCCGGCUAUGUGUACCACACGGGGACGUCAGAUCAUAUCGACUACAAAGAUCCGUGUAAAGCAGCUGCCUUUCUGGGGGACAUUGCCUUGGAUGAGGAGGACCUGCGUCUCCUCAAGGUGCGCAUGAUCGUGAAUGUGGCAGACCAGGCGGUUAAGGUCAUCAACCUCACUGACACAGGCGAAUCUCAGGCUACGACUGUGGCAACAGAGUCUACGAACAGUAAGACCCCUCAAAGUACGAUGGAGGGCGCAAAACAUGCCUCGCUCCGCAGGAAGAGGGCAGCUACUGCUAGGCCUGAGAGGGUAUGGCCAGAAGGAGUCAUUCCGUACGUCAUUAGUGGAAACUUCAGUGGGAGCCAGAGGGCGAUAUUUCGUCAGGCCAUGCGUCACUGGGAGAAACACACGUGCGUGACCUUUAUCGAGAGGACCACAGAGGAGAGUUACAUUGUCUUCACAUACCGACCAUGCGGGUGUUGCUCGUAUGUGGGCCGAAGAGGAGGGGGCCCGCAGGCCAUUUCUAUUGGGAAGAAUUGCGACAAGUUUGGCAUUGUGGUUCACGAGCUGGGUCACGUGAUCGGCUUCUGGCAUGAACACACGCGGCCAGACAGGGAUGAGCACGUCAUUAUCGUCAGGGACCACAUCCAGCCAGGGCAGGAGUACAACUUCCUCAAGAUGGAACCAGGUGAGGUGGACUCGCUGGGGGAGACAUACGACUUUGACAGCAUCAUGCAUUAUGCCAGGAACACUUUCUCCAGGGGUGUCUUCCUGGACACCAUCCUGCCACGCUACGAUGUCAAUGGAGUCCGUCCAUCCAUUGGCCAGAGGACCCGGCUCAGUAUAGGGGAUAUUGCCCAGGCACGCAAGCUCUACCGCUGUUCAAGGUGUGGUGGCAGUCUGCAGGAUAGUAGCGGGAACUUCUCGUCCCCAGGCUUUCCCAAUGGGUAUCCAGCCUACAUGCACUGCAUUUGGAGGAUAUCUGUAACGCCUGGAGAGAAGAUCAUUUUAAACUUCACCUCCAUGGAUCUGUAUCGAAGUCACCUGUGCUGGUACGAUCAUGUGGAGAUCAGGGACGGCUACUGGCGGAAGGCAGCUCUUAAAGGGCGUUUCUGUGGGGACAAGCUGCCUGAACCGAUCAUCUCGAUGGACAGCAGGCUGUGGAUUGAAUUCCGCAGCAGUAGCAACUGGGUAGGCAGGGGCUUCUCAGCGUCCUAUGAAGCAAUCUGCGGUGGUGACAUGAGUCGGGACAGUGGACAGAUCCAAUCCCCCAACUACCCUGAUGACUACAGACCCAGCAAGAAUUGCAUAUGGAAAGUGACUGUGACACAAGGCUUCCAUGUGGGCCUGACCUUUCAGUCCUUUGAGAUUGAGAGGCAUGAUAGCUGUGGUUAUGACUACCUGGAAGUGCGUGAUGGCAACUCUGACAGCAGCCCCCUGCUGGGCCGCUUCUGCGGCUACGACAAGCCUGAUGACAUCAAGACCAGCUCCAACCAGCUGUGGAUGAAGUUUGUGUCAGAUGGCUCCGUCAACAAGGCCGGCUUCGCUGCACACUUCUUCAAAGAAAUGGACGAAUGUUCGAAGCCGGACAAUGGCCGAUGCGAACAGCGCUGCAUCAACACACUGGGCAGCUACCGCUGUGCCUGUGACCCAGGAUUCGAGCUAGCUCCAGACAAACUCAGCUGUGAGGCUGCCUGUGGUGGUUUCUUGACCAAGCUCAAUGGCUCCAUCACCAGCCCCGGCUGGCCGCGGGAGUACCCACCAAACAAGAACUGCGUGUGGCAGCUGGUAGCACCCCCGCAGUACCGAAUCACACUGCAGUUCGACAUCUUCGAGACUGAGGGCAACGACGUGAGCACUCAGUUAUGGGCUGUGUGCAAAUACGACUAUGUGGAGGUGAGGAGUGGGCUGUCAGCAGACUCAAAGUUGCACGGGAAGUACUGUGGGUCGGAGCGACCCGAGAGUAUCACCUCCCAGUACAACAACAUGCGUAUCGAGUUCAAGUCAGACAACACUGUGUCCAAGAAAGGCUUCAAGGCCCAGUUCUUCUCAGAUAAGGAUGAAUGCUCCAAGGAGAAUGGCGGCUGUCAGCAUGAAUGCGUCAACACUUUCGGGAGCUACAUCUGCCAGUGUCGCAGUGGCUUUGUUCUGCACGACAAUCGACAUGAUUGCAAGGAAGCGGGCUGUGAUCAUGUAAUAACCAGCAUCAUGGGCACCAUCACCAGCCCCAACUGGCCCAAUAACUACCCCAGCAAGAAGGCAUGCACAUGGGCUCUAUCCACAACCCCCGGCCACCGCAUCAAAAUUGCCUUCAAUGAGAUUGACAUGGAGACCCACAUGGAGUGUGCCUAUGACCACCUGGAGAUCUUUGACGGUCACGAUGGCAGAGCCCCCAGCCUGGGCCGCUUCUGCGGUGUCAAGAAGCCAGCACCACUUGUUUCCAGUGGCAACAGGAUCUUCCUGCACUUCUUCUCUGACAACUCAGUGCAGAAGAAGGGCUUUGAGGCUACCCAUUCAGUAGAGUGUGGUGGUAGCUUGAAGGCCGAGGUGAAGACCAAGGACCUGUACUCUCAUGCCCAGUUUGGGGACAACAACUACCCAAGUGCAUCAGAUUGCCAGUGGGUGAUUUCAGCUGAGAAGGGCUAUGGUGUGGAGCUCAUCUUCCAGACCUUCGAGGUUGAGGAGGAGGCCGACUGUGGCUACGACUACGUGGAGCUCUUUGAUGGUGGAGAUACCAAGGCACCCAGGCUAGGCCGCUACUGCGGGUCAGGGGUGAGAUUCUUAUCAUUUUGUAGUUGCUUAGCCAAUGAUUCUUUCCCACCUCAGAUUACAUUUUUCUUGCUAUUGCAUCAGAGAAUUACAGGUCAAGCGUCUUUCUUAAGGAUACGAUGACAGAGUCUCUCCUUGGACUUGAG